CUAUCCAAUAUUUGUGGUCAAAUCAUAUCCGUAAGUUGCCGACAGACAACUUGGAACUCGUGAGAAAUAUAUAGCGCCCUUCAUCAAGCCUUCCCAGAAUAGAUUUCCCACAUUUCUAUGUUCAAUUCUAUUUCGAGUCCAUGUUUUCACGGUUUGCAAAAUCUUCAGUUUUAUUCCAUUUGUUAGUACUGAACUUGUGGUUGCAGUGACACAAAAAGUCUGCUUUCUCCUAUAUAUCAUUCUCAAAUUCAGCUAUUAGGGUUGAAGAACCUGUUUUACAAAUUACAAGUACUAUAUAUAAAAGGGAGGUAAGGUUUCUCGGAGGCCUUGGAACUAUUGCAGUUUCGUCCCUGUUGCUUUGCUAAAGAUGGAUCCAAAGAACACAACCAGAAAGCCCCAUAUAGUAUGUGUACCAUUCCCAGCACAAGGGCAUGUGAUUCCCAUGAUGCAACUAGCCAAGCUUCUACACUCGAAAGGCUUCUGCAUCACCUUUGUCAACACCGAGUUCAAUCAUAGGCGCUUGGUUCGGAGCAAAGGAGAGGACUGGGCUAAGGGCUUUGAUGAUUUCUGGUUCGAAACAAUAUCAGAUGGAUUGCCACCGUCCAAUCCUGAUGCCACCCAAAAUCCCACUAUGCUCUGUUACCACGUUCCAAAGCACUGUUUGGCUCCGUUUCGACAUCUGUUAGCUAAGCUGAAUUCAUCGCCAGAAGUGCCUCCAGUUACAUGCAUAAUUGCAGAUGGGAUUAUGAGUUUUGCGUUGAAGGCUGCGGAAGAGCUGGGUAUACCUGAGGUUCAGUUCUGGACUGCCUCAGCUUGUGGCUUCAUGGCAUAUCUGCAUCACGCUGAACUCAUUCAGAGAGGCAUUUUCCCAUUCAAAGAUGAAAACUUCAUGAGCGAUGGCACUCUUGACACACGUGUAGAUUGGAUACCAGGCAUGAGAAACAUUAGGCUGAAAGACCUCCCAAGCUUCAUUAGAACCACAGACCCAAAUCAUAUCAUGUUCCAUUUUGCGCGUACGGAAACACAAAAUUGCUUAAAAGCCUCAGCAAUCAUCUUCAACACUUUCGACGCCUUUGAACAUGAAGUGUUAGAAGCAAUCGCCUCCAAGUUCCCUCACAUUUACACCAUAGGCCCGCUUUCGUUGCUCAGCUCCUUCAUGCCCAAAAGCCAAUUGACUUCGUUUAGGCCCAACUUGUGGGCGGACGAUUCGGCAUGCCUUGAAUGGCUUGAUCAAAGAGCACCCAACUCAGUUAUUUAUGCGAAUUACGGGAGCGUGACGGUGAUGUCUGAUCAGCACUUGAAGGAGUUUGCAUGGGGGCUUGCAAACAGCCACUACUCAUUUCUAUGGAUUGUUCGACCCGAUGUCGUAAUGGGGGAUUCCGCAGUUUUGCCUGAAGAAUUUCUCGAGGAGACUAAGGGUAGAGGAUUGCUAGCGAGUUGGUGUCCACAAGAACAAGUGCUCUCUCACCCAUCCGUGGCUGUUUUUCUGACACAUUGCGGGUGGAAUUCCAUGAUGGAAACUAUAUGUGCAGGUGUACCUGUGAUUUGUUGGCCAUUCUUUGCAGAGCAACAAACAAAUUGUCGAUAUGCAUGUACAGAGUGGGGGAUUGGUAUGGAAGUUAAUCAUGAUGUAGAGCGCCAUGACAUUGAAGCCCUUGUUAAGGAAAUGAUGGAAGGGGAAAGGGGGAAGGAAAUGAAGAAAAAUGCCAUGGAAUGGAAGAAGAAAGCAGAAGAAGCUACUGGUGUUGGUAGUUCACAUUGCAAUAACUUCGACAGAUUUAUCAAGAGGCUAUCCACCAUGGAUGCUAAAAAAUAAACCAAGUGGCGGCAAGGCAACAUAGCAGCAGUUUGAAGUCACAAGUCACAGCCAUCUUUGCCAUUAUCUACAUAUCUGUUGAUUUUAUGAACAAUUAGUAGAAUUAAAAUGAAGUUUCCCAUCUUUUUCAUUUUGCUUACAGAAUAAUUGCCCUUCUGCAAAAAGACCCCAUUGUUAGUUUUUUAAUGUCGCCCACGUGGCAUAUUUUGUUAUUAAUUCUCUUUUAUUUAUUUUAAAAGAUAA